GAGCCCUCCUCCCGUCCCGCUGCUGGUUAGGCCUAGCCCUGCCCUGGUGGGAACCGCCGCCCCGCUGGCCGGGCCGCACUUCGGCCAGCAGAGAAGCCGCCCGGGGCGCUAAGUCCCUCCUUUCCCGCCCCGCGCGUCGGCCCGUCGUGGCCCGGCGAUAGGAACGCUUCGGCACCGGGCCGCGACCCCGGGACCCGUCGCCUGCAGAGCGCACGCCAGUGUUUCUGCCACUCAGGGGCUCUCGGCCUCAGCCCUCCGGCCCUGAGAACCCACCCCUUCCCGUGCAGGGAAGCCCUGGGUCCCGAGUUCCGCCCGGCGGCCUCGGGAGGUGGCUCCUGCGCCUCUGUCCCCGAAACGCUCAGGGCGGUCCUGGGCCUUUCCCCCUGGCCUCCCGAUGCGCGCGCCGGCCCGCUCUCACCGUGCUCCCCUGGGCUCCCCUGGGCUCCCCUGGACACCCCUGGCCUCGGGAGGCCGGAAACCGCCCCAGCGCUCUGCGCCGCCUGUUACCCUAACCUAAGAAUUUGUUAGAGGGGCCGUGGUCCGAUCACGUUGGUAAAGGCUGCUCUCUUGCAGAGCCGAACUGGGUGCCCGGACUACCCGUCCCCUACAGGAAGCCCUCGGCACAUUGCCCACCGCCCUCCAUGCGGGGAAAGCGACUGGCCCAGGGCUGGCUGGCGCCCAGCCUAGAAUUUGUCCCGGGGGCCGUGCUGCUUUUGAACAUGCCUCCUCCUCUGUAGCGGGGUCUCAGGGCGUUUCCGUUUUGAACCCCCGUUUCUUGCUGUGACAACACUGUUCCUGUGGAGAGGCACCUAUGGCCCGUGUGGUGACGUUGCAGUUACACUGAGACCACGGGAGCUGCUGCCACGAUCCCUGAGAAGGAGGCAGAGUUCCUAGCGUGGGACAGUCCAGACAAUCUGAGGCUGGGGCCUCCCUGCGGAGAGCUCCGGAUCGACCACGUUGCUAGGAGCUGAGGCCCCUGUGGCCGGAGCCAGGAAGGCAAGGGAAGGCUGAAGCAGGAGGGGCUGUAGGAGGUGGGGGCGCUGGGGACGGGCUCGUGCCUAGGUCAGGAGAUCUGGCAGGCAGAGUGGUAAGAGUAAGACACGAGAGGACAGCCGGGGGGAGGGCAGAGAGGCGGCAGCCCAGCCGGCCCUUCUGCAGCGCGCACAGGCUGCCCUCCCCAUGGCCUCCACGCAGGCUGCUGGGAAGGGCAGAGGGGAGAAGCGGAAGCGGGUGGUGCUGCCCUGAAGGAGGCGGGUGGUGCGGACCCUGAAGGAGAAGAUCGCCAUCUGCACGCGCCUGGAGAAGGGAGAGAGCCGCAAGGCGCUGAUGCAGGAGUACAACGUGGGCAUGUCCACUCUCUAUGACAUCAAGGCCCACAAGGCCCAGCUGCUGCGCUUCUUUGCCAGCUCAGACUCCAACUCUGCGCUGGAGCAGCGGCGCACGCUGCACACACCCAAGCUGGAGCACCUGGACCGCGUGCUAUAUGAGUGGUUUCUGGUGAAGCGUGCCGAGGGUGUGCCUGUGUCAGGCCCCAUGCUCAUUGAGAAGGCCAAGGACUUCUAUGAGCAGAUGCGGCUGACGGAGCCCUGCGUGUUCUCCGGAGGCUGGCUGUGGCGCUUCAAGGCCAGGCACGGCAUUAAAAAGCUGGAUGCGACCAGUGAUAGGCAGGGGGCCGACCACCAGGCGGCCGAGCAGUUCUGUGGGUUUUUCAGGAGCUUAACGGCCGAGCACGGGCUGUCCCCUGAACAGGUUUACAAUGCAGAUGAGACUGGCCUUUUCUGGCGGUGCUUGCCAAACCCCAGCGCGGAGGGUGGGGCUGGGUUGGGCCGCCUCAAGCCCAGCAGGGACCGGCUGACCGUCCUUAUGUGUGCCAACGCCACGGGCUCCCACAGGCUCAAGCCCCUGGCCAUGAGGAAGUGCGGUGGCCCCAGGGCAGUCAGAAGCAUCCAGCCCCUGCCCACAGCCUACCGGCCCCAGGGCAGUGCCUGGGUGGACAAGGAGACUUAUGCAGACUGGUUCCACCAGGUCUUUGUGCCUUCGGUGAGGGAGCACUUCAGAGCCAUUGGCUUGCCUGAGGAUAGCAAGGCCAUCCUCCUGCUAGGUGGCUCUCGGGUCCACCCGCGAGAGGCAGAGCUGGUUUCCGACAACAUCUUCACCAUCUUUCUGCCAGCCAGUGUCACCUCACUAAUCCAGCCCAUGGAGCAGGGCAUCCGGAAGGACUUCAUGAGGAACUUUGCCAAUGCUCCCGCCUCCCCACAGGGUGUCCACGCCCAGCCUAGCGUGAACGACGCCAUACUCAGCGUGGCCUGUGCCUGGAACGCUGUGCCCAGCCAGGUGUUCCGACGGGCCUGGAGGAAGCUGUGGCCCGCUGUCCCCUUUGCUGAGGGCUCUUCGGAGGAGGAGGAGGCGUUGGCAGCAGAACACCUCCACACUAAGCCUCACAACAAGGCUUUUGCCCAUAUCCUCGAGCUGGUGAAGGAGGGUGCCCCCUGUCCAGGCAGCAGGCUUCACAGCAGUGAGGCCAGAGAGUGGGGUGCAGUGGGAAGGGGGCUGGAGGAGGAGCAUCCCCCAGCAGCUGUAUCGUUGCCCAAGGCUGACUGGAGCACACACAAGGCAAAGAAAGCUGGCCAGGCCGGCGGAAGUGGAGAAGACCCCGGGCAGGGCGACGAGGCGACCUGGGAGCAGGCGGCCGCAGCCUUUGACACUGUUCUCUGUUUUGCUGCGCGGCAGCCAUGCUUCACUGUGCAGGAGAUGGGGCAGCUGCGCGCGCUGCACUCGGUGUUCCGGAGGCAGCGGCAGGCAAGGCGGCGGUGUGUGGCCCUAAGGGCUGUGGUCAAAAUCGAAGGCCUCCAGGAGGCCCCUGGCACCCACGCGGCCUCUGUCCGCUCUCCUGUGCCCUGCUCGUCCACCGCAGAGGGUAACUGACAGCGCGCCCGUGAGCUUUUGGUCUCGGUCACUCAGAUCAGGCAUCCCCUUGUUCUGGUUGGUCAAGGUUUUACCUGAUCACUGUGGUGUCAUUCGAAUGUGAGGAAGUGUUCUCGAGGAGUCUAUCCUAACUGCAAACGCUCCAGAGUGCACCUACCAAGCACUGGGCCAGGCCUGCUCGUAGCUGGGUGAGCCUUGCUGUGUCAGGAUGGAGAUCCCUGCCCGCUCCUGAGGGAAUGCCGCCCUGCAGUGGGUGGCUGCGGAGGGCUCCGUGGCGGCAGGACAGGCUGCUGUGUUGUCCAAGUCCCCUCGCCUGCCCCUCGCAAGCCCGAGUGAGCAUGGCGUCUGAGGCAGGCUAUGGACUAGGCCUUACUCAUGGCUUAGGUGGUUCAGGCCUCAUGCCAUCCCUGCCUGCUCACUGGUUGUGACCAUGGAAUGUUCCUCCAUUUCCAGGAGUCCCCUGACGGGGACUGGCCCGGAUUUGUCGAGUUACCUUGGUGGGGCUUCCUAUUGGGGAAGCAGGCAACCUGGCCACGCCCUGUGCACCAGCCGUCAGAGGGCACAGUGCCUGCUACUUGCUGGUGUCAGCAUCUUGGCUCAGCCCAACCUAUCACUCACAGGACCGCCCACUGAGGGCCUCACGGUGCCUCUCGACUGGGCUCUGGAAAUGAGUGCCGGGCUAGCAUGGGUUGCCGAGAGGCUGCAGGUCCGGGGUCCAUGAGCCGUCACCUCAGCCGCCUGCACAGUGCCAGUGCUUCGGGGAAACCUGUGUUGGUUGGUCUCGUGGAGGACACCACAACGUCACCGUGUUGUCCCUAGCUAUGGCGUCUUUAUGUCAGCAUGCCGUGCUGCCUUGGAACACUGGGAUGCCCCCUGAAUGUGUGUAUGUGAAAUGGUGUUUCUCUGGGUUCUCACUGCUGUGCCCUCAGGUCCAUUCCUUCUGAGCCCUUGGGCAGCUGAACUGGCUCACGUUUCAUCCCUGUGUUGUGAAGGGGUCCUUGGGGAGACCCGUGAGAGCCAGAACGGUGGGCUUGCAGGUUUGUCAUUUGCACCUGCCUUGCUGACUGGGGCAGGCCUGGAGCUGCCACUUGCCCUGGGAGCUCGUGUGACGAUGCUGAGGACUGGCAGUCUGGAGGGAUUCCUGGGGUCCGUCACCCUCAGCUCUGUGGCCUUCCCACCAUUUCCCUGUGUGUCUUGGGUACCACCUGCACGUCUGUGCAUCGCGCCAUCUCUUGGCUCCUGUGUCUCAGCCUGGCUGCGUUACGGCUGCUCAUGUGGUCCCAAGAAAUGAGGUGUUGGGGCCCCUCAGCCCACGCCAUCUCUUGAGGCUCUACUGGUGGGCAGCAUUCUCCCAGGUCCCUGUGAGUGGUUGCAGGUCCCCCAUCCCAGCUCCUGUCCUGCCCUGUUGUGGCUGAUCAAUAAAUGCUUGUCAGCUGA